AUGCCUUCUGAACUUCCAUACCGUAAAAGAGAAGAAAAAUGUAAACGAAGAGAGGGAAAAUCACAGUCUUCUCAUGACAAACUUCGCAGAGGAGCUCCAAGGGCAAAAGUAAUGCCAGCGAUUGUAAGUAUUCCAUCAAAAUCACCGUCACCUGCUCCAUCUCCAUCACUAAGUGUUCCUCCCGUGACACCUCCAGUGACUCCUCCAGUCGCUGUUGUUCCAACAGUUGCAGUCCUUCCACUUGGCCCUUCUGUCAAUCUUUUGAAAGAUCCAACUGCGAAUUCACCUACUCUUCCGACGAGAGAGGCAAAAAGAAAUCACAAAAAAGUAAAGGAAAAAGUGGAGAAGGAACCACCGAAGACGACCAUUCGAAAAAAGAAGACGUCAUCGGCUACGACUCAAUCAAUUUCUGUUGACGCGAAGACAUCGAGUGAGCAUGCUGGUUCACAAAACGAUAAGAAAAAGAAAACAUCGAUGUCGGAUUCUACAAAAAAGAAGUUAUCUGGAGAGAGUAAAUCGGAGAGAUCAAAAGAACCGUCGGAAAAUGAUGAUAAGACUCCGAAGAAGUUUAAUCCGGAGUUAGCGAGCAAGUUUUUCAAGCAUUUACAAGAGUCACAGAGAGCCAGAAGGCGAUCGGAAGAUGCGAGACUUGAAAAGAUGCCUGAAUCAAGUCAACUGAAUUCAUCGAUUAGAAGUUUGAGGGGUAAAAAGAAGAAGACUGUGAAGACAUCACUGGAAACUGAUUUAUUCAAACCAAACGGUGAACCUGUCUGGGUUGUUUCUGAUCGUCCGCCCGGCGAAUGUGAAAAAAAUGAAAACGGAGAACCAAUUACGAACCCAGAGUUGGCAGACGCUCUGGCAAGCGAUGGUUUGGAAUUGGAUGAGAAGGAUUGUUUUCAAUUUGAUUCGUUGGCUCCGUUCGAGAGAUUGGAAGAAGUUAAUCAAUACGAGAAUUCAAAAGCUCUUGUAUACAACUCGACGAAAAACUUGGUUGAAUUGAGUGAUGAUGCAAUCAAACGUUUCGCAAUGAGAAGAGAAGGAACUGGUGACAGAGCACGACCAGUGGUUACUCCAGAUGCAGCAACACCGACAACUCCUGAAUCACCGGAUGUUACACUCCAACCGAAACAAUCAACAGAGUUGUAUCCAGUGAAAGCUGGCCCAGUUUCCAUUAUCACAUUCAACAUGAAGAACACUAUAUGUGUUCUAUAUGAUCGUCACAAGGCGAUUCUUUCCAUUCAAAACUUCCGAAAGAAAAUGAACAGCAUGUAUUCGAGAGAACAAGCAACACAACCGGAGUAA